AUGCAUGAACUACGCGAGAAAGCAAAAAAGAAGGGCCUAUUUAAUUUGUUCCUCCCAAAGCAUUUUGAGGAGAGCCCUGGCUUGACGAAUUUGGAAUACGGUGUUUGCGCAGAAAUCAUGGGGAGAGUUUAUUGGGCUCAACAGGUUUGUUUCUUCCUCCAUAUUAUCAAUUCGAAUAUCUUAGUCCCCUGAGAGAAAAUUAUGAGGUAAAACAGACAAUGAAUUGCCACGCUCCAGAUACAGGGAACAUAGAACUUCUAGCAAAAUACUGCAACCCAUCCCAAAAGAAAAAGUUUCUUCUGCCCCUUCUUGAGGGAACAGCAUGUUCAGCGUACUCCAUGACUGAGCCCGACGUCGCUUCUUCUGAUGCAACCCAGAUCGGCUGUCGCAUAACUCGCGAAGGAAACGAAUACGUGAUCAACGGGCGAAAGAUAUUUGGAAACUCCAUCUUGAAUGCUGACUUGAAAUUCAUCAUCUUGAUGGGCUGUUCCGACCCAACAAAUGAGGAUGAAUGGAACAGGCAUAGUAUGGUUAUUGUCCCUGCCGAUGCACCAGGAAUCACGCAGGUGAGAAAUAUGAGUAUCAUGGGAUAUGACCAUGCGCCGGGGGGCCACGGUGAGUACAUUUACAAGAAUGUCCGAAUUCCCGUGGAAAACAUGAAUCUUGGUGAAGGCAGAGCUUUCGAAAUUGCGCAGGGGAGACUGGGACCAGGGAGAAUUCAUCAUUGUAUGAGGUUGAUUGGACAAUGCGAGCGGGCUUAUGAACUGGCUCUCAUUCGCUGUGUUGAUACGCGAAAGACUCCACGGGAAAAGUCAAUUGGUUCCUUCGAUUCGAACAUCGAGAGGAUUGCACAGAUGAGAUUGGAAAUUGAUCAAGCUCGUCAUGUGGUUUUUAAUGCUGCUGAUACAAUGGAUAUUCAUGGGAAUAAGGCUGGUCGAUACGCGAUUGCCCAGAGCAAGAUUUUGAUUCCAAUUAUGGCCACGAAGGUCAUUGAUGAGUGUAUGCAGAUGUAUGGUGGUCAGGGUUUGACCCAGCAUACUCCGUUGCCAGAGAUGUGGACGUAUGCUAGAUUUGUGAGGAUUGCUGAUGGACCGGAUAGUGCACAUAGACAUCAGGUUGGACGGGAUGAGUUGAAGACUGCCGAAAUUUACAAGGAGAGAGACAAGGAAUAUCGAAGAAAGUACAUCAAGUUGGCAAAUGAGAAGGGUGUAGAAGUUGAAACGUUUCAUGGAGUCACUCCCGAGGUGUAG